GGCUGGUCCACCAUAACUCACCAAAAUUACAAUUCUGAAUUAAUUAUUGGUACAUUUAGCAGUUUGGUUCGGUACGAGGCUUCAAAUCACGAAACUGUAAAAUGUUCUGGUCCAAACCCAGUGGACCGGAACCAGCAGAACCAACCAGAGAUGAAACUCUUUCUGCUCUCCCUCCAGACGCUGAGGUUCUGGUUCUGGUUCUGGUGCAGCUCCAUCUGUGUUGUCCCACAGUUUCUCCUUCCACUCAACUUUUCCGCUGCAGCGCUUCCUACCAGAACUUCUUCUGGGUUCUGACGAGCCGCCAGUGGAUCAUCAAAAAGAUUAUCAAACAUUAUUCCGGCUCCCUCCUCUCCUCUCUUCCCUCUCGGCUCUCCGGGGGUUUUUUCCGCUCCGGUACCGGUUCGGCGGCCCGCGGAGGUUCUGCAGCGCUUCGUCCUGCUGACGUCAGCGCACCGGGGAUCUGCUGAGGCGUUCAGGUUAAUCGGAUUAUGCGGCUCCCCCCUCCGGCCCCUCCCUGUCCGUGACGGCUGCCAUGGAAACCCCGUUCUACCACGACGACGCGCCGGCGGCGCCCAUCUUCAGCCACGUGGCCGAGUACGAGCGCUACGCGGGCGGGAAGACGCUGAUGAGCAAGAAGGCGGCGCCCCACCACUUCCUGGGCGGGGCCAGCGCCGCGGCAGGAAGGAGCGGUAACCACGGCAACCUGGGCCUCCCCGGCAGCAGCGCCCUGAUGGCGCCCGGCUCCUCGUCAGCGGCGGCGGCGGCGGCGGCGGACAUGAACCUGCUGAAGCUGGCGACCCCGGACCUGGAGCACCUGAUCAUCCAGUCCAAUCAGGGCCUGGUGUCCACAAGCCCCGCCUCCAGCGCCGCCAACCCCUUCCUGUACCGCAGCCAGGCCACCAACGAGCAGGAGGGCUUCGCCGACGGCUUCGUCAAGGCGCUGGCCGACCUGCACAAGCAGAACCAGCUGGUGGGCGGGGGACACGUGUCCCCGCCCGCGUCCUACCAGAGGAACCUGCUGUCCGGCGGGGACGCGCCCGUCUACACCAACCUGAGCAGCUACGCCCCGGGGCAGAUGCCCUACGCCGGCGGGCAGAUGGGGUACGGCCGCGGCCCGGACGCCCCUCAGACCGUCCCCGAGGUCCCCCACCCGCCCGGCGACCCCGCGUCGUCCCCGCCGUCCCUGUCCCCCAUCGACCUGGAGACGCAGGAGCGAAUCAAAGCCGAGCGCAAGAAGCUGCGCAACCGCAUCGCCGCGUCCAAGUGCCGCAAGCGGAAGCUGGAGCGGAUCUCCCGCCUGGAGGAGAAGGUGAAGGUCCUGAAGAACCAGAACUCGGACCUGGCGUCCACCGCCGCCAUGCUGCGCCAGCAGGUGGCGCAGCUCAAGCAGAAGGUCAUGAGCCACGUCACCAACGGCUGCCAGAUCGCCGUGGCGACCGGAGCCGCCGCCGCCGCCGCCGCCGCCAAGUCUGGAACCGGCAGCGAGGACUCCAGCCGCUGAGCGCGGACGGCGCCUGCGCAGGCGAGGAGCCGUCGGCCAAUCGGACCGCAGCGGAGGCGGAGCCAGUCGAAACGUUUCCGGUUUGGGCUGUUUGGUUUUCCUGCCCGGAGAUUUUUAUUUCAACAUUUUAAGGAUUAAAACUGAAAAUAAAAACUCUGCAGAUUUGAGGAGAAUUUUCCAAAAAAUGGAAACAAAAAAAAAAAAACUUUGUAAAAAUGUUUUAAUUUAACUUUGAACUGAACAUUUUUCAUCCAAAUCCGUCAGAAACUGUAAUUUUUCUCUUGUUGCUGAUAUUUUAAAUCUCCAGUUUUUCCACAAAAAAAGCGUUUAAAACAAACAUUUCUGCUUUUCGCCACCAGCUUCUGGCUUGGAGUCGGUUAAAAUGGCCGACUCAUCAUAAAAUCAACAAUUUGAUCAGGUGUUUUAUGUAACGUUUUGGUGGAAAACAUGUUUUUCUGCAGCAUGAAAACAUUCAUGGAUGUAAAUUUGUUGGUGUUUUGUUGCUGAGCAGCUAAAAGUUUUUUUAUUCUGAGCUGAACUAUAAUCUGUUCCUCCAGUUUUUAUGGAAAUUAACGCGAAUUUAACAGAUCCUGGAACGAAAAUUAUGACUUUACUGCAAAUUUCCCAUUGUGAUGCUACCUCCCACCUGCAGGUGGCAGCAGCUCUUUAUUCUUCUUGAUGUUCAGUUUGUGGCGGACGUCACUAAAUUCUGCUAAACAAAAACUAACAAGAACAGUCAUAAAAUCCUGGAGGGAUAUGUCAUGAUGCUCUGAAAUAAAAGUACUUUCAUACAAAAAAUAAUUAGUUUUUCAUACUGAGCUUUAACUGUAUUUAUUCCACUAAACUUUUUUACGGCUUAGCAUUAGCAUUAGCAUCUUAGCAUCCUUUAGUUAUAUCGACUCUGUGGCUGAAAAUCUGAUUAUCUAGCUGAAAUAUUUGUAAUAUAUAAACCUGCUUAAUGCAGCAGCUAACCUAGCAGCUGAUACAGAAGCUAGCAUGGCAACAACUACAGCUACUAGCCUGUAGCUAUUGGGCUGCAGCUGAUGUGACGUUAGCUACAAGCUAGCUAGCAUAUUUUACAUUUUCCUUGAACCGACUGUUUACACUGCUUUUAUUUUAAAAUGUAUUUAAAAUUAAGAAGAACUUGUUCGGGGGCAGGACGGUUUUCAGAACGUUAGCGUUCGCAUGCUAGCAGUUGAAGAAUUGUUAUUGGUUUACAUUGUAAAAAUGAAAAAGACCAAAAAUUUGUUUCAAACUUAAAUAGUGAUUUUAGAAAAAACAUAAAAGAUAUUAAUCAGUCAUGAAAAUAACUGAAUGACUGACGAGUUAUGUAAAAGUUGGAUGGAGUUUCUGGUUGCAGUUAGCUAACAAAGAGCACAAAGUUUUUCCAAAUUUGGCAAAACAACCAACUGUUAGCUUAGCAUCAAAGAAUCGAUGAAGCUUCUGGUUUGACAGAAACGUCUAAAAGUCACUUUUCAAACAUUAAGUAGUGAGAUAAAAACAGAAUCAACAUAAAUAACGUCAUACAUGCUAGCUUACGUGCAGCUACAGCUGCACAUAAGCAGCUGUAGCUGUAGCUGCCUGUAGCUAUCGGGCAGCAGCUGAUGUGACGUUAGCUACAAGCUAGCUAGCAUAUUUGUUUCACAUUUUCCUUGAACCGACUGUUUACACUGCUUUUAUUUUAAAAUGUAUUUAAAAUUAAGAAGAACUUGCUAGCUAGCUUACGUGUAGCUACAGCAGCUAGCACGAGGCUAACUACAGGCAGGAUUAACCACAAUAAAUGUAGUUUUAGUCUUUGUUGGCUCCCAUAAAUGUUUACAUAUUAAAUAUGUUUGUUUUAUGUUUAAUGUGGCAGAUUUUUGGUUGAAACUUUUCCUGAUGGAGGAAAAACGCAGCGCAGCUCGUUAGCAUCAGCAUUUAAACCAAUCAGGAAGCAGAAGACUCACGACUGAAAUCAUUUCAGUGAAUUUUUUUUAUUUUUUACUUUAUGUAAAUAAAACUGUUUUGAGCUGAA